CCUCUCCUCACUGAAAAAAAAAAAAGCUAACAGCUUUCAUGUUUGAUUAUGGAAGCUGCUAACUGUAACGACGUCGUUCCGCCCUUCGUCGCUAAAACUUACCAGAUGGUCAACGAUCCGGCGACCGACGAUCUUAUCACCUGGGGCAAAACUAACAACAGUUUCAUAGUCAUCGACCCUUUAGAUUUCUCUCACAAGAUUUUGCCUUUUUACUUCAAACAUAGCAAUUUUACUAGCUUCAUUCGCCAGCUUAAUACUUAUGGUUUUAGGAAGGUGGAUUCAGAUAAGUGGGAAUUUGCGAAUGAAUGGUUUCUUCGAGGUCAAAAGCAUUUGUUGAAGAACGUGGUGAGGAGAAAAACCGGGGGAAAUCGAUGCGUGCGGUUGAAGAAAGGUGAGGUUUUAGAUGGCGGCAGUGACGGCGACGGUUACGACGACGGUGAAAUUGUGAUGGAGAUAGCGAGGAUGAAAGAGGAGCAGAAAUGGUUGGAAGAAGAGUUGAAAGGGAUGAACGAGCGAUUGGAGACGACGGAGCGGCGGCCAAAGCAGAUGGUGGCGUUUCUUCGCCAGGUCGUCGAGGAUCCUGGUUUCGUUUUGUGUUUGGUGCUCGAAAAGCAGCGGAGUAGGCGAAUUAUGUUGGAGAAACGGCGGUUGAAGGUGGUGCCGCCACUGGCGGUUUCGAAUAAUUCGGUGAAAUAUGAAGGUGAAGGAUGGCAUGCUGAAUUGACUUCGUCUUCGUCAUCGCCAUCGCCGUCUCCGGAAGACUCCAUGGUGGUGUUGGAGCGUAGAGAUAUUGUAGGACAAGUAAUGAACAACGGUUGCGGUACGAUAACAAGCCAAUCGCCGGUGGUGGUGCCGCCGGUGAAUGGAAACAGCACGGCGGUGUUUUCAUCGGGGAUGAGUAGUUUAGUAGGGUAUGGUGAUGGGAAUGGGCAAUUGCGUUAUUUAGGAGAUAUGGCGGAGGUGGCCGGAGGGACGAUGGAGGCGCGUGUUUCACUGCCUUAUCCAUUUUCACUAUUUGGCGGUGGCUUUUAGUUUUCCGUUUGUUUGCUUCACAUGAAAUAUCUUCUUUUUUUCUCAUUGAGUUUUUUUUUUUAAUUUUAGAUUUUUCAUUUCUUUUCCUAAUCACUGUAAUGAAUUUAGUACUAAAUUUUAUAAGAUUUAAUUUAUAUUAUUAAAUUAUUUGACA